AUGGCAGGAAAGAAUCGCUUCUCAGUGUCUGACAGGUUUGAGUACCUGCAGGGUCUGGUCACAGAGUUUCAGGACACUGACAGUGAGGAUGCAGCCAGACCCUUCUCGGCAAACCUGGCCAACUUUGCCUACAAUCCAUCCAACAUUGAAGCGCUGCGAUUGCUCCAGGUCAAUGAGCUCUUCUUGGACAUGCUGACAGAAGAGAAUGAGAACUUUGUGGAGUUUGGAAUUGGUGGUUUGUGUAACUUCAGUAAGGAGCGGGAGUCCCGUGAUCUGAUCCUGAAAAGCGGCGGAGUCCCAUUAGUGAUAUCCUGCCUGUCGAGUAACACAGAUGAGACGGUUCUCUCUGCCAUCACAUUAAUGAACCUCACCACAGCAACCUCGCGCGCUGAGACCACAGACAGCGCAGUGGUGCAGUGCAUGCUGCGCUUCUCCCUCACACAGAACCCGCGCCUCAGGAACCUGGCGUCUGUCUUCCUGCAGGACUACUGACUACUGCACACAGGAACAAGUAGACAAAGCCAAUCAGCG